AUGCGCCAGGCCAACCUGGCCCUGCCCAACCCAUGCCCGUUCGCGGCCUUUGGCUCAGUGAUUGUGAAUCACACUACGGGCGGCUUGGGGGAACUGGUCUGCACCGGCGCGAACAACAAUGCUGGCACAGGCAACCCGACUCUGCAUGGGGAGAUGGCCGCCAUCGACAACUGCUCGGCAAUCUUUGUAGAUCCCCAGGGUCCAUACCGGAUGACGCCGGCUCAGGCUCUGGCCGCCUUUGCCAACCUGACCAUCUACACCAACGCCGAGAGCUGCCCCAUGUGCGCGUCGGCGGUGCGCUGGGCAGGCUUCAGGGAAUACGUUUUUGGCACGAGCAUCGAGACCCUCACGGAGGAGGGAUGGGGCCAGAUCCAAAUCACGUCCAGGGACGUCUUCCGGCAGUCCUCGGGCUUACCCCGCCGAACAAGGUUGCUUGGUCCGGUCUUGACGAACGAGACAGACCCCUUCUUUAGUUGGCAGUUUAAUGCGGGUGCGCCCUGUCCGCAAGGCUGCUCUCGGGGCGGAAGUGCAGGCGGUUGUGUUCCUGCAUGA